GUGGGUGCCUUGCUUGUAGAUGGUUUACUAGGUCGAGAUAUAAGAACUCCAAGUUGCCCCCAUGCCAUCAAACAGUUUAUAAUAGUCAUUCACACACAACAAACACUUCUCUAGAUUCACUCAAUCCAACCAUCACUACAAUGAAGAACUCCGCUAUCGCCCUUGCCGCUCUCUCGCUGGCCUCGCUUGUCGCCGCCAUGCCUCACCAGUCGUCCUCGCACGUCCUAAUGGGCCGCGAUGGACAAUGCACCAGCAACGCCAACUGCCCUGCGGGAUACUGCUGCUCCAAGUACGGUUACUGCGGUACUGGCCCUGACUACUGCACCGGCGGCUCUACUCCUCCCCCCCCUCCUCCCACCUCUGGCAACUGCGGCAACACUGGUGCUCCCUGCGCCUCUGGCCAGUGCUGCUCUCAGUAUGGCUACUGCGGUACCGGUCCCGACUACUGCGGCUCUACCCCUCCUCCUUCGGGUGGUAACCCUCCUCCUAGCGGCGGCAACACCGUCCACGGCGACAAUGCCAACGGCUCCAUCUACCGCUUCGGCGAUGCCAACGAAUGCCACCGCAUCCUUCGCGAGUACGGCGCCUGCGGCAUCAGCACCUACUUCCAGAACGUGGACCCCAACUCGUCGUUUGUCGCCAUGCCCUCUGGCAUCUUUGACAAGUACGGCUCUGCUCAGCACAACACUCUGUGCGGCAAGAAGAUCACCAUUAAGCACAACGGCGUUACUCGCACCGGUGUUGUCGCUGACCGCAACCUGAGCAACGACAACUCUAUCGACAUGUGCCUUGAUCUCUGGACUGCUUUUGGUGGUCACGACAAUGAUGGCACUGUCAUCCACAACAUGAGCUUCGACAUUGCCGUCUAAGUGGGCAUCCAAGUAUACAUGACGAGGGAAUACCUCUGGGUGGAUCGAUUUGUACAUACAUACACAACAAGUCG